UUACCAUUUCUUGAUUUUCUUGAACCCUAGCAAAGUAGCAAUUAGCAAAAGACAUAGCCUUCAGCAUCAGAAAACAGAUUGAACCUCCUUCUUCUUCUUUGUGUUGGUGAAAUCAAAAUGGCUGGUGAAUCUGAUGUCUCUGAAAAUGCACUUUCUUGUGCUAACUGUGGAAAACCCGCAAAUCUUCAGUGUCCAAAGUGCAUUGAAUUGAAGCUUCCUCGUGAAGGUUCUGCUUUCUGCUCCCAGGAUUGUUUCAAGUCUUCGUGGAGCUCGCACAAGUCGGUGCAUGUGAAGGCGAAGCUAUCCUCACCUGGCAUGGGCACUCCAGGUGAGCAGGACUCGAGCUCACCUGGUGAAAGUUGGUUAUACUGCUUGAAGAGAGGGCAGUCACGAACUCCAAAGAUGCCUCACUUUGAUUGGACUGGGACGUUGCGGCCAUAUCCCAUAUCUGUUAAACGCAUUGUUCCAGCUAAUAUUGAUAAACCAGACUGGGCAGAUGAUGGAAUUCCCAAAAUUGAGCCUAAUAGUGACUUCCAGCAUACUGUUGAGAUUAAAUCUCCAGAUCUAAUUGCGAAAAUGAGAGAAACAUGUCGGAUUGCAAGGGAGGUUUUGGAUGCGGCUGCUCGUAUUGUUCGGCCUGGUGUGACAACUGAUGAGAUUGACAAAGUUGUUCACGACACAACUAUUGCUGCAGGAGGAUAUCCAUCACCUCUCAAUUAUCAUUUCUUCCCUAAAUCUUGCUGCACGUCAGUUAAUGAAGUAAUCUGUCAUGGAAUUCCUGAUGCAAGGAAGCUUGAAGAUGGAGACAUUGUAAAUAUUGAUGUCACUGUGUACUAUAAAGGUGUACAUGGUGAUCUCAACGAAACGUACUUCGUGGGAAAUGUUGAUGAAGACUCUCAGAAGCUGGUCAAAUGCACAUAUGAGUGCCUUGAAAAGGCAAUAGCUAUUGGUAUAUUACCAGUGUAUUUCUACUCAAGUUUGAUCAUCUCCAUUUACUGCUUAUUGAUAUUUAGAAAUAAAGCAGUUGGUAUUAUGAAGGCUGGACAAACCUUCACAAUUGAACCAAUGAUCAACGCAGGUAUCUGGCGUGAUCGAAUGUGGCCAGAUGGAUGGACUGCUGUCACUGCAGAUGGUAAACGAAGUGCUCAAUUUGAGCACACUCUUUUGGUGACAGACACUGGUGUUGAGGUCCUAACAGGGAGGUUGCAGACAUCACCCAAUGUUUUUCCAUGGUUGAAAUCAUGAAAUUUGUGGCAGUUUUCUGAAAAAAAAAAAUACAUAGAAUGAAUAGAACAUUAGACAACAUUUCAUUGCCCUUUCACUUCUUGCCUCUUUGGUGGAUCAUGUUUUGUAACUCAUCAUAAAGUUCAACAUAGAUUGAAUUCUUCAAACCCCUUUUGUGACAAUAUAAUGUUUUUUUUGUAUAAUUAAAUGUUAGUCAUUUUAAUAAUCUUGUCCUAUGUUCUUUUCUUCAGCUUAUUUGUUGUAAUCAACAAAAUAAUUAGAUCAUAAGUAGUCUUAAUAAAUAAUAUAUUCUACUGCAUGAUUCAUGUUAUUUAA